AUGAACGAAGCCGUUGCAUAUCCUUUCUCUGGCAUGCAGCAAGCUAAUGGUCAGCCCCCGCGUCGUGGCCCGAUUGAAGGACCGAACGGACGCCGCUUGAUUCGAAGGGUUACCUGGCGAUCUUCCACCUACAAAUUGAUGGCUUCUCUCUGGGUGUUGGGUGUCCUUUACAUCGUCUGGCUCAUCCGCGACAUCUUCUAUCUCCCUUUCACCUCUUCGACUCCCAAUACCGUCGCCGUCAACGCUGCCAACGAUUGGCUGGCUCAAUUCGUCGGUCGUCAGGAGUGUGGCAUCUCUUCCUUGUCUCUCUACCAGCCCCCUCAGGAUAAGGAUGGCCGUAUACCCAGAGACUCUUUCUGCUCGUCCAAGGAUUCUUUGCUUAGUGCCAUGAGCAACGGUGGCCGCCAUGGAUUCGACGCGGCGUAUACUUCACAAGGCUGUUUAUACCGCUGGUUUACCAGUGCUCAAAUCUGUGGUAUUCUGCAAAAGUUCGAUGGAGUGGUUUUUGUGGGUGACGAGGCCCUUGCCGACGUCUACGCCGGAUUCAAUAUCCUCCUUCGAGAGAACCUGGAGAUCGGCUCCUUGAAAGAAUGGGAAACGAGUAGGGAACAUGGACACAAAUGUAGUUGUGACUCCCAAUUCACCGCUGCCUCGUGUCUCCCGCUACGAAUCACCUCAAGUGAUGAUGUAUAUGAGCUGGGCCACAAGGAAACCCAAAGUCCUUACACGUGUCCGAACCGUAUUUCGCACACCUUUGUCUCUGUGAAUGGCUCUCCCUCCAAGAGCAAUCACGAGAGGUUCCACCAGUUCAUCGCUCGAGGGGGUGACCAAAGCAAACGCAUUCCCGUGAUCCAUAGUAUCUCGCUGUCCAACGCGUAUUCCCUGUCGACGGCCAGAAGUAGCAUGGACGAAUGGCUGGCGCUGGCUCAAGCCACCGGACGAACGACACCUUUCCUCUGGACGGGACCCACUGCUCCCGGCCACCAGAAGCCCCCCGGAGACAACGUCCACGCCAAAAGCUGGCAGUACACCUUGGAUACCACGGAAGCCGCUCAGAGCAAAGGAAUGGAGGCCUUGGGGAUGUAUAACGCCACGCUCCAGGCUGAGAGCUGGGACGGCGUCCACUACGGAGAAAAGGUGGCCUUGAUGCAGGCGAUGAUGGUCCUUAAUUGGCUGUCGGCGAUUUAG